AAGAACAAACACAACAAACGCACUUUCCUAGCAACAAAAUGGCUCCUGUCGCAGCUGCUGGUGAUGGUGCCACGAAGCCGAAUCCAGAGCCAGAGGACCAGCCUAGCCGUGCCUACGUGACGUUCUUGGCUGGGACCGGUGAUUACGUGAAGGGUGUGGUUGGGCUAGCCAAGGGGCUGAGGAAGGCAAAGAGCAAGUACCCGCUCGUGGUGGCGGUCUUGCCGGACGUUCCGGAGGAUCACCGGAGCAUCCUGGUGGAUCAGGGGUGUAUCGUGAGGGAGAUCGAGCCGGUUUACCCGCCGGAGAACCAGACUCAGUUCGCCAUGGCCUACUAUGUCAUCAACUACUCCAAGCUCAGGAUUUGGGAGUUUGUAGAGUACAACAAGAUGAUCUACUUAGAUGGCGACAUCCAAGUCUUCGACAACAUCGACCACCUCUUCGACCUCCCGAAUAGCUUCUUCCAUGCUGUCAUGGACUGCUUCUGCGAGAAGACAUGGAGUCACUCCCCUCUGUACGAAAUAGGGUACUGCCAACAAUGCCCCAACAAGGUCCAAUGGCCUGACCACGCCGGUCCGAAGCCGCCUCUCUACUUCAACGCGGGCAUGUUCGUGUACGAGCCGAGCCUCAGGACCUACCGUGAUUUGCUCGAAACCCUCGGGAUCACACCUCCGACUCCAUUUGCCGAUCAGGACUUCUUGAACAUGUACUUUAAGGACGUAUUCAAGUCGAUUCCCAACGUGUACAACCUCGUGCUCCCGAUGUUGUGGCGUCACCCCGAGAAUGUCGAGCUCGACACGGUCAAGGUCGUUCACUAUUGUGCCGCGGGGUCAAAGCCGUGGCGGUACACGGGCAAGGAAGAGAACAUGGAUAGGGAUGACAUCAAGAUGUUGGUGAAGAGGUGGUGGGAUAUCUACGACGACGAGUCAUUGGACUAUAAAAACGCGGUGGCUCCGGAGGAAGCGGCAAAGCAAGAGAAUUUGGAGCAGUUCCUGGGGGCGCUAUCAGAGGCCGGAGUGCGCCGCAUAACCGGCCCGCCUGCGGCAUGAGAUGUGUGGGAGUAUUAGUCAUAACUAAGUUUUUAAGCACAGUUGUAAGGGAAGGUUUAAAUUUCCUUAUGUUGAAGCAUGAAGAUAAAGUUCUUUUUUUCUUUUUCGUGAGUUAUGUGGUUAUACAUUAAAUGAAAUACUAAGUAUUAUUUCUUAUGGUUA